AGCACGUGGUCAUUAAGGGGGAGAACAAUACUGAGAAGAGAGGUGGUUCCUGCCAAGAGUCCCAGGUAGGACUCGGUUGGAUGGAGGAGGCUUUACCCUUUUACAAAGUGUUGAGUUCAAAUUCCAGUUCACUCCUUCCACAAAUGUUUAUUAACCAGCCAUGCUGUUUUGUGCUGGGCCUUUAGCUCCAGAUUUCUUUCUCUGAAGACAGAACAGAAGAAAUGAGCUGGAAGUGCUUCAGGAGGGGUUUUGACAUCAGGAAUGCUUUUCCGGCCGUGUAGAGUUAUUACAUAGCCAAAGAAGAUGUGGUGCUGCCUGCUCUGGAGAGCUUUAAACUUGGAAGAAAUUCCUACCUGCUAGGCGGGCAGGCAGAGGCACCAUGGGGAAGGCCACGGUCUUGAGACAGGUGGGGAAGAUCAAGCCGAGGGACCUGAGGCCAAGUGUGGGAUACCAUCACAGCUCAGAGCACACCCUGAACUUUUCCAAGACAGGAGCACAGGUGGGGUCUGGUCUGACUGGGUUCCGAGUCCAGGUCUAGCAGGGAAAGAUGCGUGCUUAUCCCCUACACCCCACUCACACAUGGGACACGCAGGCAGCUAUGCACACGUGGAUACAUGGAACCACACGCUCAAACACAGAAACUCAAAACACACGGAGAGAACCCACACAGCCACCCACACCGAAGUCCUGCCCGCCGCCUGCGGUGCGCUCUGUAAACACGCACUCACAUCCGCCCGCACAGGGCACACGCAGCCUCUCGUCCCCGGCGCCCGUGUGCGUGCGCUCGCCCUUGGGCGCUUCUGUCUGUGUGUGCCCCCGGCUUCCAAUCGUUCCUUUGGGAGGGGGAGGAGUGGCUGCGAGGAGUGAGAGACUGGCGGGCAAGCUGAGGAGAAGGGAGGGAGAGCAGAGGGAGGGGGGAACCCGGCCGGGGGAGGAGGAGAGAGGCGAGGAGGCGGCUCUGGCAGCGCGCGGCGGCGGCGGCGGUAGCGGCAGCGGCAGCGGCAGCAGCAGCGGCGGCGCGGAGAGCUCGGACUGGGAGCCCGAAGCUCGGCUGGGCAGCGGGAGAGGAGGAGCCGCAGGAACUGCAGCUCUGCCAGCUUGGGCCGAGCCCAGAGACACCGGCCUGGCUGGUCCACGCCAGCCGCAGACCGUGGCUGAGCAUGGAGCUGUCCCCCCGCAGUCCUCCGGAGAUGCUGGAGGAGUCGGAUUGCCCGUCACCCCUGGAGCUGAAGUCGGGCCCCAGCAAGAAGAUGUGGAUUAAGCUUCGGUCUCUGCUGCGCUACAUGGUGAAGCAGUUGGAAAAUGGGGAGGUAAACAUCGAGGAGCUGAAGAAAAACCUGGAGUACACCGCUUCUCUGCUGGAGGCUGUCUACAUAGAUGAGACACGGCAAAUCCUGGACACGGAGGACGAGCUGCAGGAGCUGCGGUCAGAUGCUGUGCCUUCGGAGGUGCGGGACUGGCUGGCCUCCACCUUCACCCAGCAGGCCCGGGCCAAAGGCCGCCGAGCAGAGGAGAAGCCCAAGUUCCGAAGCAUUGUGCAUGCCGUGCAGGCGGGGAUCUUCGUGGAACGGAUGUUCCGGAGAACAUACACCUCUGUGGGUCCCACUUAUUCUACUGCUGUCCUCAACUGUCUCAAGAACCUGGAUCUCUGGUGCUUUGAUGUCUUUUCCUUGAACCGGGCAGCAGAUGACCAUGCCCUGAGGACCAUUGUUUUUGAGUUGCUGACUCGGCAUAACCUCAUCAGUCGCUUCAAGAUUCCCACUGUGUUUUUGAUGAGUUUCCUGGAUGCCUUGGAGACAGGCUAUGGGAAGUACAAGAAUCCUUACCACAAUCAGAUCCAUGCAGCUGAUGUUGCCCAGACAGUCCAUUGCUUCCUGCUCCGCACGGGGAUGGUGCACUGCCUGUCGGAGAUUGAGGUCCUGGCCAUCAUCUUUGCUGCAGCCAUCCAUGAUUAUGAGCACACGGGCACUACCAACAGCUUCCACAUCCAGACCAAGUCAGAAUGUGCCAUCCUGUACAAUGAUCGUUCAGUGCUGGAGAAUCACCACAUCAGCUCUGUUUUCCGACUGAUGCAGGAUGACGAGAUGAACAUUUUCAUCAACCUCACCAAGGAUGAGUUUGUAGAGCUCCGCGCCCUGGUCAUUGAGAUGGUGUUGGCCACGGACAUGUCCUGCCAUUUCCAGCAAGUGAAGACCAUGAAGACGGCCUUGCAGCAGCUGGAGAGGAUUGACAAGCCCAAGGCCCUGUCUCUACUGCUCCAUGCUGCCGACAUCAGCCACCCAACCAAGCAGUGGCUGGUCCACAGCCGCUGGACCAAGGCCCUCAUGGAGGAAUUCUUCCGCCAGGGCGACAAGGAGGCAGAGUUGGGCCUGCCCUUUUCUCCGCUCUGUGACCGCACUUCCACCCUGGUGGCACAGUCUCAGAUAGGGUUCAUUGACUUCAUUGUGGAGCCCACGUUCUCUGUGCUGACUGAUGUGGCAGAGAAGAGUGUUCAGCCCCUGUCGGAUGAGGACUCCAAGUCUAAAAACCAGCCCAGCUUUCAGUGGCGCCAGCCCUCUCUCGAUGUGGAAGUGGGAGACCCCAACCCUGAUGUGGUCAGUUUUCGUUCCACCUGGCUCAAGCGCCUUCAGGAGAACAAGCAGAAAUGGAAGGAACGGGCAGCGAGUGGCAUCACCAACCAGAUGUCCAUUGAUGAGCUGUCCCCCUGUGAAGAAGAGACCCCACCCUCCCCUGCUGAAGAUGAACACAACCAGAAUGGGAAUCUGGAUUAGCCCCGGGGCUGGCCCAGGUCUUCACUGAGUCCAAAGUGUUUGAUGUCAUCAGCACCAUCCAUCAGGACUGGCUCCCCCAUCUGCUCCAAGGGAGCGUGGCCGUGGAAGAAACAACCCACCCGAAGGCCAAACGCCAGAGAUUUGGGGUUGGGGAAAGGGCCCCUCCCCACCUGACACCCACUGGGGCACACUUUCAUGUGCCGGCAGCAAGACUGGGGAACUUCAGGCUCCCAAUGGUCACUGUGCCCAUCCCUCAGCCUCUGGACUCUCUUCAUCGCCAAGUGGCUGCCUCGGAGCGGGGAGCUUCCUGGAGGCUUCCCAGGGCCUUGGGGGAGGGUCAGAGAUGCCAGCCCCCUGCGCCCUCCCCUAUCCUUUUUGCCUCCAAGUUUCUAAGCAAUACAUUUUGGGGGUUCCCUCAGCCCCCCACCCCAGAUCUUAGCUGGCAGGUCUGGGUUCCCCUUUUCUUCCCCUGGGAAGGGCUGGAAUAGAAUAGAAAGCUGGGGGUUUUCAGAGCCCUGUGCGUGAGGAGGGGAGCAGGUUCCUUCAGGGCAUGGUACCUUUCUAGGACCUGGGAAUGGGGUGGGUAGGACAUCCUCUUCACCCCACAAUUGCACUGCUUCAGCCCAUCUCCAGCCUGAUCCUCCCCAACCUUCCUUCUCUUCCAUUCUGGUCCAGUGACUGGGGAAAAAGGAGCCAUUGUGACCAGGGGCUGCAGGAGCCCUUUCCUGGGACCUUCCUUGGGACUGGUCUGGGCCCCAGGGCUUCCCACCUGCCCUGGCUGAGUCCUGAGCCCUUUGCCUCCUUCCUCUCCCAUAGGGCUGGGAGGCUCCCAUCCGACCAAUGUCUGUAAAGUGCUUUGAGAUCUCCCCAGCAAAGCACCUUCAGGAUGUAUCUUAUCAGCACAGGCAGGAGACACCAGCUGGGUUAGGGUCAAGGGUACCUGGGGAGGGUGAGGUAUAAUCCAGUAACCUGUGUUGCUAAAAGAGAGGGUCUGUCCUUUCCUUUCCACCUCUCAGAACUGGUCCAGCUGCAGGCCCUAAGAAGCUCCUCCCCCGGGACAAGUGGGGGGUAGUGGGUGAAAGGCAGAUGGAGGAGGGCUCAGGGCUGCUGCCUUCCUGUCCUCUGGAGAGAACCCAGCCAGGCACGGUGCCCGUUCCUCUCCUCAGGCUCCUCCUUGCCCCCACCUUGCCCCAGGAAAGGCCAAAGUCCAGGUGACUGCCCUCCUUCUUUCUUGUAAAUACCAACCAUGCAUUUGUACAGUGGGCCCUGUUCAUGCGAAAUCCGUAUCCAUGGUCUUCUAGACCUGCUACCCCAAUACUUCCACCCCACCCCACCCUGAGUAGGGCAGAGACGCAUGUGACUCACCCCUGCCCUUGGUCUCCCAGACCCCUGCUGUAGCCAGAGAACAAUAAAGAAGGGAGACCAGG